GCACAUAGGAAUUCUUUUUUCUAUCCUCCUCUCCAGUGAUUGUCAUGCUGAGGCACGAUGCAUCUGACUUGAGUGAGAAUCUCACAUUUGGUGUGUGAGGGAAGCCUUUGUGUUCCAUUGGUGCUCAGCGAGCUGCAGGGGCCACAGAGGACUGUGAUCACCACGGGAGACCGGCACAAAGUGGGCACCGUGUAAUGUGAACGGGCCCAGCAGCUCAGCCAGCUGAGGGAAGGACUGCUGGGGAAAUCACCAAGUGCUGUAGAAAACUUCACUUGGAGGAGUGUUAUCUGUCUCCACUUUGAUCCACGCACACAAGAGGGAAAAUCACUGUGAUGAUGAUAUAAUGAAAUCACCACUGACUGACUGGUGGAAGGAGCCAGGCACAGUUAUCAGGCACUUUGCACACUUCACCCACAACAUUUCAAUGUUGUUCUUUGAACUGAACCACCUUCAACUGGCAGCUGUAGAUUUUACAUAUACAAAAGAAACAUAAUCAUCUUAAACUGCCCACUUCAGCCAGCUGCCACGUGCAAGCUGCUGAAUUUCAGAUUAUAUAAUCCCGAUAAUCCAUAUAUAAAUGAUAAAUGCAUUAUGUAAUUACUUUCCAUCAGCAAUGUUCUUAUAGCUGUCAUUUGUAAUAACACUGUGUACAACUUUAACAAACCAGCACACAGUCACAGGCUGACUCUUGAUCCGUGAAGAACGGGACCUUGAUAGUUGGCGUGCAGUUGCCAUGGCGAUGGGAGGCUCGCCAAUCCGAAGUGUUCCGUUAAUGUGGACGGACAUUUAGAAAGUUUGUUUUAAAGUGGAGGCGCAACCCUGAAUGCAACCUAAGAUCUAAAAUCAGUUGUGUAAAUCCACCAUAAGGGAGAGUAAGGUUUAAGAGGGGCGGGGGCCAGCAUCCGUGGAGACGCCCAUCGCUUUGUAACGGAGCCAGAUUUAUCGCGGGGAAUUUGUUUGAGUGGAGUCAACAGAGCCGAACAAACCCCCGUCACACACCGACACCGAUAUGGAAACUCUCGGGUGCGAGCACAGCAUUUUGGGGAGAGAAAGCAGGACACAGAUCUUCUCUUAAGGGUGAAAAAGAGAAAAGGCACAGCUGAAAAGAUGGUGAAAAAUCGAAAUAUUAGAGGGCGCUCCAGUCGCUCUUCUGUGUGCAAGGCAAAAAAAGCUGCCUCCCAGAUUGCAAGCAGCCAGGACGACACUCCUCCGGACGACCCGGCCGGCUGUGACGUUCCAGCCGAUCAUCCAGAGCUCCGGGCCACCGGCCAAGGUCAACUGGGCUUCCCAGACAGAGUCUACCUGGUGGCAUCAGCCGUCUUCCAGAAUAACCACCUGGAGAAGCCUGCUGCCCACCGAUUGGUGAAUUAUGGCCAGGAGAGAGGAAUCCCACUACCUGAAGUCAUAGAUGAGGAGAUGCGACGUGCUGCUUUUGAACUGGCCUUCAAUACGCUCAAAUAUCAAGAACUGCUGGAGGACAUCAUGAUUGACAGCUGCUUUUACCUCUCUCAGCCAAUACCAGAUGAUCAGAUGGGCCUUGCUGCCGUCAUGCUGUAUGACUUCCAGGACAGGAAGUUCCUCCUACGGGAACGCCAGAGGGAAGAGGAGGUCAUGCAGGAAGUUAGAGAUGUGGAGAACUACCUCCUCAGGUUUAAAACCAAGCUGGUAGCCUCUCUGGCCCGCUGCAGGAUCAAACACAAUCUCUUGUCCAUUGAGUGUAUCCUGCCAGAGCGUGUGAAGAUGAAGCAGGAGAGAUCAAGCACCCUUCCACUUUACACAUGGGUCAACACACUGAAAAGCAGUCCUGAUGAGGUCCAAAGUGUGCUCAAGAGUUCAGGCUUCUCGCAGGUGAAAUGGAUCGGGCAGCUAGAGGGCCAGACCUUCUGCAAGGAUCCCCACUGUGGGGAUGUGCUGGUGUUCCCUGGUCGGCUGAGGCCUCGGCUGUAUUCCACCAAGCUGCUCAGCGACCACAGACUGGUCAUUCAGGAUAAGUCUUGCAGCCUGGGCCCAAAUAUAGUGUGCUCCGUGCUACCAGAGGAAGGGGAUGUUCUCAUGGUGGGCUGCUUCUCUGGCCUCACCGUUUCCCACACUGCCUCCCUCAUUGCCGAGAAACAUAAAGCCAACAGCAACAACCAGCCCACAGUUUACGUUUGUGUCAGCGAUCGCACCGUCGCUCAGAGGGAGGAUCUACAGCGGGCCGUCUCCGACAUGGGCUGCAAAAAUGUGGAGCAGAUACCAGCAGUCUUCCAGUCUUUGGACGGCGCUGACAGGCGACUGCAGAAGGUGCGCGUUAUCCUGUUGACUCCCAAGUGUUCUGUGUCUGCAGUCAGCAACCCGGUGGAAUUCAUACUGCAAGAGAAUGGAGACACAGACCUGCUGCAGGACCUGUCCCAGGGCUCCAUAGCCCAGGGCAAACUGGAAGCUCUAGUAGCACAGCAGAAGAAGGAUAUUGGACAUGCCUUGAAGUUCCCCAAGGUUUUGGCGGUGGUAUACUCUACCUGUUCUUCAUACGCAGAGGAAAAUGAGGAGGUUGUGAGCAGAGCCCUUGAACAAGCCAAAGCCCACUCUGAGCAGGAGGGGGAACCAAAACAAGCAAACUUCAGGCUUAGUCCAUCCCCGUUCAGCUCUCUGGGCAACGCCGAGGGUCCGGAGGAAACCGACCCCUUGUUCAUUCUGGAGCCCUCAGACCAGAGUAACGGCUGCUUCCUCGCUGUUCUCAUCAGAGAGCCCGAGCCGGUUGUCAAACAGACACCGCAGGAAGUGCUGGCCAGGGCCAAUGCCAAAGGUUUGCUGGACAAGAUCGGCUCCAACCAGCCGACCAGAAACCAGCAGCACAGACAUAAAAACAGGAUGACGAAAGCAGCUCAUGCACGCACCCCUCAGCCCCUCCAUCCUGCCAGUGUUCAACCCAGACAGCAAGAGAGCAAGGGAAUCAACGGUGCUACGUUGAGCGGACGUCAGGAAUUUACAGACAGACGGCAGUCAUCGCAAGGAAAACCCAAAGCACUGCGCUUGCAAGCCCGAAAGAACAACGUGUCCAGCCCCGUCUUCACCUCAGAACAAGAAAGCUCCUGCUCUUCCUCCUCCAGACCAGAGAACAGUGCACCCACUAAAAGCAUCCCCUCUGUAUUCAACACUACCACAAGUUCCACCACCACCAUCACCACCAUCACCACUCUGCAUCCUGCCCCUCCUCCUGCUGCCCGUCCUCGCAGAGUUCACCAGGUGGUGUUGAAGCCCGUCGUGUUUGUUCUGCCCCCUGUUCACUCCCCCAACUUCCUACCACCCCAGAACAGCCAAGCAGGAUUCAACCCCAACUUCAACUACAACAAGUGGAGGACCCCACCACAAAGUCUGCCCCUCUCCCGCUCCAGCGAAGGCCUCUCCAAGGAAACUAUAUUGAAAUCCCAGCGUCUGUUUUGAGCUCACAAACGUAUGGCAGUGGUGUUAACUUUUGUGCCAAGUGCUAACUCAAAAAAGUCAGUAGUGUUCAUGUCUAACAAUAAAAUGUGUAGUGUUAUUCAACUGCCAAUUUUCGCAUAGCAUGUCAAUGUAAGUCACCUUAAACCUAGAGCCAGUAUUACUCUACUCUCCGUUAUCACAAAGUCAUUAUUAGAGUCUUUGUGUUCAGAAAGGAAGAACCUUGCCUCAGGGCUGGUUCCAAUGUCAUUUCAAAUGUCACUGCAUGAUGAAUAGCAAUAACAUAGAGUUCCCAGCGACCUGCAAAAUUAAAGGAAAUAUUGAAGAA